GAUGAGAAAAAAUCCCUCUCUCAACUGUAUCUGUUUUAAGAUAUGUGGUUAUAUGUGACAGUUAUGAAUAGGUGAUAUUUCGAAUAGCAUUUAUUAUAGAUGUCCACCUGAUCAACUGCACUAUUUACGCUUUCCUCCUGACGCAGCACUGGCUUCCUUUGUCACUUCGACUUCCGUUUUCACGUGCAGUCAACUGAGAAGAAGAGAUGUUUUGCUCAUGAAAAUAUAGGGUUCAGGCAAGGAGUUGAAUCGUUUGCAACGUUUGGAACAGUCAGCCACCUGCUUCGAUUCUCUUAGACUUCAAAUAAAACGAGCAAACCCGACUCCUUUGUGUGCAAGAUGUUGCACGCUAGCUGACCUUAUCAGAAGUUGUUUGCUAAUAUUUGCUAGCUUGUUUUGUAGCUAACAAACUGUGCUCAAAGACGACGUGUGGAUUCAUUUGACGCUCACCUGGACACUUAUGCUACCGGUCAUCUGAUCAGUUAUUUCAUCAGUGAGAAGCAUACGUUGUAAUUUUACAGGUAGUGUGCGUCUCCGUCAAAUUUAGACGAUAUAGUUGGAUAGUUAGCUAAUUAGCAUUUGACAGCUGGUUGGCUGUCUCACUGUUUCUAGUUGGUCGGUGACAGGUAGGUGUGGAGGAAAGUGGGUGUUACAUUAGCUAAGGUAGUUGGCAUCAUUCUUAGCCAACAUCGAUUCGUCGUACUGAAGGAUUCCUAACUUGAUUUGAGUGCUAAACCAACAUGUUUCGGUACCUCGGUGAUGCUGAAGAAAGCCCCUUCAUGAUGGAUCCGUUCUCGGCGCAUAGGCAGCAGAUGAGAACCCUGUUUGAUCCAUUCGGUUUUGAGCCUUUCCCUCUCGCUACCCAGAUGCAUCAGCCGCGAAGACCCAUCCAGCCCCAGGCAACAGCUCUCGCCCCCUUUGGAAUGAUGGGAAUGGGUGGAGGCUUCAUGGACAUGUUUGACAUGAUGGGUGGCAUGAUGGAGAAUAUGGUAGAUGAUAGAAUGUCUGGUUCCCCGAACUGCCAGACCUUCUCGUCCUCCACGGUCAUCUCCUACUCCUCACUAGACCAGGGGGCGCCCAAAGUCUUCCAGCAGACCAGCGAAGUCAGAACUGCACCAGGCGGAAUCCGCGAGACGCGUCAGUCGAUGCGGGACAGUGAGAGUGGGUUGGAGCGCAUGGCUAUUGGCCAUCACAUUGGGGAACGGGCACACCUGAUGGAACGUUCCCGAAACCGGCGCACGGGCGAUCGCGAGGAGCGGCAGGACUACAUCAACCUGGAAGAGACUGAUGCAGCGGCGUUCGAUGAGGAGUGGAGGAGAGGAGUGGGGCGCUAUGCUCCCCCUGGCACCCGCAGCAUUGACUACGGGCGAGACCGGAGGACUGGAGCGGGCCCACAGCUGGCCCUGGCUGCCCCCCCAAGCGCUGCCUCGCCGCCUCCCCCCCGACACGAGUCCCCGCGCCACCACCACCACCACCAGCGGCCCCAAUCACGCCCACGUUACGACUGGUGAAAGGUUGUGUUUGAAGAAGUCCUUGGAGCUGUGAAAAGAGUGGGGAGAGUAGUAGAGUGAACUAGAUGACUGUUCCAUAGAUUUGGUUUAACUGGACUGUCUGUAAAUAUAAAUAUAACUUCAUAUCAUGCCCACUCACCAGCUCGGAUCCAUACACUUAGGGUUGGACAACAACAUGGCUUUCUAACAAAACACACACAGACAUAAACACACAGACAUGAACACACACACACACACAUACACAUACACUUAGGGAGAGAUAUGUACACAUACAUACGCAGAGAAACUGUACAUAACCUCCUCAUAGCACACAAGUCCUAUAGAUGAAUACCCAGCAACACACUACUCUACACACACACACACACACACACCUGCUGUACAGUCCAUAUAUGUUUAUGUAGACACUAGAGUCUGUGGUUUGAAUUGUACGCUGUUGUCUAAUGAAACUGAAGUAUUGAUAAGCAUUCAUUAAAACUUGUAAGGUAA